CGGGGCGUAAAUGUGGGCGUGACCUAGCUCGAACUCGUCCCAGUUUUGAAAGUGAACCAACGGCUGCAGUCGCUGCUUCAGCCACCAAACAAAAACAAGAAUCUCGCAUCCCGAACCUGGUCCAAAGUCUGCUUCAUCCUGUGGCCCGUUCUCCUAACGAGCCGCCAAUAUGAUGCGUAAAGACGUCAAUAAGCCGAAGGGGAAGACGUCAGCCUACGCCUUCUUUGUCCAGACGUGCAGAGAGGAACACCGCAAAAAGAACCCAGAGCAGUCGGUCAACUUUGCUGAGUUCUCCAAGAAAUGUUCAGAGAGAUGGAAGGCUCUGUCUCCCAGUGAUAAAAAGUGUUUUGAGGACAUGGCCAAGGCCGAUAAGGUUCGCUACAACAGGGAGAUGAAGGACUACGUUCCACCCAAAGGCUUUGGAAAGAGGGGCCGCAAGAGGAAAGAUCCCAACGCACCCAAAAGACCCCCGUCUGCUUUCUUUGUCUUCUGCAGCGAGUACCGUCCCAGCGUCAAGCAGCAGUAUCCUGGUCUGUCUAUAGGAGACUGUGCCAAGAAGCUGGGAGAGAUGUGGAGCAAACUGUCCCAGUCUGAGAAGCAGCCGUACGAGGAGAAGGCCCAGAAACUAAGGGAGAAAUACGACCGGGACAUGGUGGCGUAUCGCGGAGGAGGCACGUAUGCCAGGAACCCCGGCUCUUCCGCUCAGGGUGGGGAGGAGGAGGAUGAUGAUGAGGGGGAGGAUGAAGAUGAGGAGGAAGAUGAUGAUGAGUAGAGGCAGAGCUACAGCUGAAUGAGAGAGAGUAUGUGUGUGUGUGUGUGCCUGUGUGUUUCAGACGUCUGACAGGUGAAGAGAAGGUCACGACGGCUGGGUGGAUGUUAGCAGACAGGAAGCAGAGCCUCACAGCAGACUAACAAAUCUACAUGUUUUAAUCUUAGUGAUUCCCUGUAAAGUUACUGUUUAACAGACAUGAUCAAUAAUCUGUUUCAGAGUUGUAAGAGUGGAUCUGUGUGACCUGGCUGGAGUACUGUAAAGUGACCUUUUACACCAAGGUUCCAGUUUUUAAGUCUGAAGCUUUUAUGUUUUUGUCCGUUAUCAGUUUUUGUGUUUAUCUGUAGGUCAGUCUGACCUGUGUGUGUGUGUGUGUGUGUGUGUGUGUGUGUGUGUGUGUGUGUGUGUGUGUGUGUGUGUGUGUGUGUGUGUGUGUGUGUGUGUGUGUGUGUGUGUGUGUGUGUGUGUGUGAGAGAUUUGGGUUGUGUGUGAGACUUGGGUUGUUGCCUUUCAGUAACCAUGUGUGUUGGUCAUCUGAUGUUAACUGUCUGACACAGGAUAGCAAAAUAACCCCCCACCCCCCCAAAGGCCUUCUUCCUUCUCUUCAUUGUCAUGUUCUUUUGUUUUCUUAUUGGAGGUUUAUUGGAUUUUUUUUCUGUUCUUGUUCACCAUCAGAGUAGAAACUUCAACUUUUAUAAUAAAACCACAAACGGAGGAAAA